UAAUUUCUUAAAUCAAUACCUGAUGUGGCAAAUGAUAUUAAGUAUAUAAACUGUUGUCAAUUGGUAAUACGUACAACACAUUAUUGUUUUCAAUUGAAUCAGUAAAGGCAUCAACGAUGAAUUCAUUAGUUCUCACCAUAACCGUUCUUUUGGGAUUGUUACUUGUUCCAGCCAUUGACAUGAAAAGAAAAAGAUGUCACAAGAGACCAACUGUCGUUGAGUGUUCAGACCCUAUACCAAGAACCUGUGCCAACAUGACUAUUAGCACAGAUCAGAAAUUUGUAGGAAGCACAGGGAAAUUGACGUGCUCAGCUGGUCAUUCUCUUAAAGGGAAUGACAGUAUUAAAUGUUUGGAAGACGGCACAUGGAGUCCGAUAAAUGCCAUAUGUGUUCCAAAUGGCGUAAUUGGUGUACGUUCAUUCAGUGGUUCCAUAUACAUAUUUGUUAAAAAUGUCAACGGUUAUGAAAAUGCAAAGGAAACUUGCUCUUCCAUGUGUGGUACUCUUUUGGAAAUAAAUAACCAAGAAGAAAACAGAUUUAUACUUUCAGCUAAAGAAGAACUUGGUAUAAAAUUUCCGUAUUUUGGAUUAGAGUCAAAGGAUGGCAUAAGUUAUGUAUGGCAAUCUGGGAAUACGACAGUAUCAAACAUGUUUAACAACAGGAAUCCAUUAGAUAAUGUAUCUAAUGACAUUGAAGUGGGGAGUUGUUUUUUUAUGGUAUCUGGUGGUACAUGGUAUGACGCACCAAAGUCCAUAUGCAACAGUAUUGACAAUGAAUAUAUCUGUGAAUCAAGGUUUGACUAACCACCAUGACGACAAUUACCAGUCAAGGAG